AUGGAUGUUGCCGAGAUGAGAGAAAUCAAACAGUUUGUUUUGCAGUUACGACAGAACCAGGCCAUAUGGCAAGUUCAAAAGGAGAAGACGCUACGAUGCAAUACGAGCAUGAGGCCCAGAGCGACCUUGAAAGAGAUGUUUUGCAGGCUUCAAAUAUUUUGCAGACGGUAUGGAUAUGAAGAAGUUCCUUUGUUGGCCAACCGCAAUGAAGAGGGGGAGGAAACAUUCACUCCUUGGGAGAUGGAGCGAAGAAUAGCUGAUGGACUAAAUAACUUUGAUGAAUACAAGAUCCGCUUUCAAUUCGACGAAUGGUUAUCCAAUCCUGUCGUCUCUCCCAUUAGUAAGAAGCUGUUGAUUUUCUCGCCGUGCAUCAAUCUCUUGCUGAAGAAUGUAAGACAUUCCAUUGGAUCAGGGAAGUCGCAGUCAUCAUCAAGGGAAGCAAAGAUAUGUAAUAAAGCUUACAGCGAUAUCGCCAAGAAGAAUGCUGCGUGGAUGACUCAGAUGGAAGUCGACGGGACCGCCGAUCCACAAUCGGUGGAUAUCAUGCUGAAGAUGUUCAGUGACAAGGCCAUCAGUCUACUGAAGGCAGAAGGGCAUGAAGCGACAGCAAGAAUGGCAGAGGCUAUGUCUGGCCUGCACAAAGCAUUCGAUGAAAGAGGGCUGAAAGUUUCAGAGCGGAUACGUCUAGUACAAGAGGGUCGAAGAUGGCUUUUGGAAGGCAUCGACUGGACCAGUGUCAGCCACAAAUAUGUCAAAGGACUAUCCUCUGUCACAUUUGAAGGGUUCAUAGUUGCAAUUGAUACUCAUGUGCCUGUACAACAGUAUGUGAGGGAUAAGAAUCAUACGCUGGGUGAUAGAGACUAUGACUUCAAUUCACGAACUCUCUGUACGGAUAGUGUAGAGAAUCUUUGGUCCUUGACCGGCCAUCUGAACAAGAAGAAUUUUCUGAGAAAAUUCAAUCAGGCAUGCACGGAAGUAUCUAAAAAGGUGGAUCCAAACCUGCCUUUUGUAUCCUAA